AUGACUAUACCGCACGGGGCCGAAGAUCUCUCGGCGCGCGAUGAGCAUGUGGUCGCGCACGUCGCAGAACACGGUCGGCUGCACGAAGUAGCCCACGUGGCCCGCGCGCUCGCCGCCCGCUACCAGCCGCGCGCCCUGCCGCUUGCCGCUCUCGAUCAGGCGCAGCACCUGGGCGAGCUGCUCGCCGUCCACCUGCGGGCCUCGCUCGGUGCGGCGCUGCGCUGCUACCUCACUCCUCGCUCCUCGCUAGUGCUUCACCGUCGCCGCUCACCGCACGCUCUUCCGCACGUUCAUCGCACUGCACCGCUCGGAAUGUAG